AUGAUAAGUGAUGAUGACGAUCUACCAUCUACUCGCCCGGGAUCUGUGAAUGAGGAAUUACCAGAAACCGAACCCGAAGAUAAUGAUGAGUUGCCUGAAACAGAACCUGAAAGCGAUUCCGAUAAACCUACCGUAACCUCGAAUAAAACAGAAAACCAAGUUGCUGAUGAAGAUUAUGAUUCAUUCGACGAUUUUGUGCCCAGUCAAACACACACAGCCUCCAAAAUACCUGUAAAAAAUAAACGAGCCAAAAAGUGCACUGUAGAAUCUGAUUCAUCAUCUUCGGAUGAUUCCGAUCAAGGAGAUGAUUGUGAAUUUAUCCCAGCUUGUGAUGAGACACAGGAAGUUCCGAAAAUCAAAAGAGGAUACACUCUGAGAACUCGAGCAAGUGUAAAGAACAAAUGUGAUGAUUCAUGGGAUGAUGGAAUAGACGAAGAAGAUGUCUCAAAAAGAUCAGAAGACACGUUAAAUGAUUCAUUUGUUGAUCCUGAAUUCAUGGAUUCUGUUCUAGAUAAUCAAUUAACGAUCAAAGGCAAAAAGCAAUUUCUCGAUGAUGGAGAGUUUUUCACAGACCGGAAUGUUCCUCAGAUUGAUGAAGCUACAAAAAUGAAGUGGGCAUCAAUGACGUCACCUCCUCAAGAAGCUUUGAACGCAUUGAACGAAUUCUUCGGUCAUAAAGGAUUCCGAGAAAAGCAGUGGGAUGUUGUCAGAAAUGUUUUGGGAGGAAAAGACCAAUUUGUUCUUAUGUCCACUGGUUAUGGUAAAAGUGUAUGUUAUCAGCUACCAUCACUUCUUCUCAAUUCGAUGACUGUCGUGGUAUCUCCAUUAAUUUCAUUGAUGAAUGAUCAAGUAACUACAUUGGUUUCUAAAGGUAUUGAUGCAGUGAAACUAGAUGGACAUUCUACACAAAUUGAAUGGGAUCAAGUUGCGAAUAAUAUGCACCGAAUUAGGUUCAUCUACAUGUCACCUGAAAUGGUUACGAGCCAAAAGGGUUUGGAAUUAUUAACUUCUUGCCGAAAACAUAUCUCCCUCCUCGCUAUUGAUGAAGCUCAUUGUGUUUCUCAAUGGGGACACGACUUUCGAAACUCGUACAGGCAUCUCGCAGAAAUUAGAAACCGAUCUGAUCUAUGCAAUAUUCCAAUGAUUGCUCUUACCGCUACUGCCACAGUUAGAGUUCGUGAUGACGUCAUUGCUAAUUUAAGACUCCGCAAGCCAUUAAUCACAACUACGUCGUUUGAUAGAAAGAAUCUCUACAUUUCUGUGCAUUCUUCAAAGGACAUGGCUGAAGAUUUAGGAUUAUUCAUGAAAACCGAUGAAGUUAAAGGAAGACACUUUGGUGGACCUACUAUUAUUUAUUGCCAAACGAAACAAAUGGUCGAUGAUGUGAACUGUGUUUUGAGAAGAAUCGGAGUUCGUUCUGCUCAUUAUCACGCAGGACUCACUAAAAAUCAACGAGAAAAAGCACACACCGAUUUUAUGAGAGAUAAGAUUACAACAAUCGUUGCGACAGUUGCAUUUGGUAUGGGAAUUGACAAACCCGACGUUCGAAAUGUGAUUCAUUACGGAUGCCCGAACAAUAUCGAAUCAUAUUAUCAAGAAAUCGGAAGAGCUGGUCGAGAUGGAUCUCCAAGUAUUUGUCGUGUAUUCUGGGCUCCGAAAGAUUUGAAUACUAUAAAAUUUAAACUUCGAAAUUCGCAGCAAAAAGAAGAAGUAGUUGAAAAUCUUACAAUGAUGCUAAGACAACUCGAGUUGGUUCUGACAACCGUUGGAUGUAGAAGAUACCAACUUCUGAAGCACUUUGACCCAUCAUACGCGAAACCUCCAACUAUGCAAGCUGAUUGUUGUGAUAGAUGUACUGAAAUGCUCAAUGGAAAUCAAGAUUCAUCAUCCAGUAUUGUUGAUGUUACAACAGAAUCGAAGUGGUUGUUUCAAGUUAUUAACGAAAUGUACAACGGGAAAACUGGUAUCGGAAAACCAAUCGAAUUUCUGAGGGGAUCGAGUAAAGAAGACUGGCGAAUCAAGACCACAUCUCAACAAAAAUUGUUUGGAAUUGGAAAACAUAUUCCUGAUAAAUGGUGGAAAGCACUUGCAGCAUCACUUCGAAUUGCUGGUUAUCUUGGAGAAGUUAGGCUGAUGCAAAUGAAAUUUGGAAGUUGUAUCACUUUGUCCGAACUCGGGGAACGAUGGCUUUUGACUGGAAAAGAGAUGAAAAUCGAUGCGACACCGAUUUUAUUGCAAGGGAAGAAAGAAAAAGCCGCACCUUCAACUGUCCCCGGAGCUUCAAGAUCUCAGUCAACUAAAUCAAGUACAGAGAUUCCAACCAAGAUUCUCGGAGCGAAUAAGAUUCGUGAAUACGAGCCUGCAAAUGAAAACGAGCAGCUGAUGAACUUGAAAAAGCAAGAAGUCACUGGUCUUCCAGAGAAGAUUGAUCAACUGCGCUCUCGUCUUGACGACAUUCGUGUAGGAAUUGCAAACAUGCAUGAAGUAGCACCAUUCCAAAUUGUAUCGAAUACUGUUCUUGAUUGUUUUGCCAACUUGAGACCUACCUCAGCCUCGAAUCUCGAAAUGAUUGAUGGAAUGUCGGCUCAGCAGAAAUCUAGAUACGGAAAACGAUUUGUCGAUUGUGUUGUACAAUUUUCAAAGGAAACUGGCAUUGCAACAAACGUCAAUGCCAACGAUAUGAUACCCCCUGAACUUAUUUCAAAAAUGCAGAAAGUUCUCUCGGAUGCGGUGAGAAGAGUAUACACAGAGCAUCUUAUUUCGAGAUCCACUGCGAAAGAAGUGGCAACUGCUCGAGGAAUUAGUGAGGGUACUGUAUAUUCAUAUCUCGCGAUGGCGGUAGAAAAAGGAUUACCUCUUCACUUAGACAAGUUAAAUGUCUCCAGAAAGAAUAUUGCAAUGGCUCUAAAUGCAGUUAGAGUACAUUUAGGAUCAAAUGUUGCCGUACUGACACCAUGGGUUGAAGCUAUGGGAGUCGUACCUGAUUUUAAUCAGUUGAAAUUGAUCCGGGCAAUUCUUAUUUACGAAUAUGGAUUGGAUACGAGUGAGAACCAAGAGAAGCCAGACAUCCAAUCUAUGCCGUCCACUUCAAAUCCAUCCACCAUCAAAACAGUUCCAUCAACACCUUCAUCCUCUCUCAGAGCUCCUCCAUUGAAGAAAUUCAAACUUUAAAUUUCUUAUAUUUUUUUUAAUCUGAAUAUCAUAACUAUACGGUCUCUUAUUUUCAAUCUCAUCCCUGUCUAUAUGAAUGCUGGUUAUUCGAUUUUCACUUAUGAAUUUUUAAAAAC